CACACGCUUACAGCUUCUGCCCGCUACUGUUGAUAGUUGUUGAUACUUAUACAUCGUCGCUUGUCUCUCCUUUCGUUCUCUGCUUCACGGCGGAGAUUUAGGUGUUCGAUAAUUUCGAGAUAACUGCAGGCUAUAUACAUUUGCUUCACUUACUUACUGUUGCUUUUUUAUGGACCGGAGCAAAAUCGAUAGCACUGCAUACGCGCGCCAUUGGAGCAGCGACUCCAGCAACGUCGGCACUGGCCCGUCGUCUCCGGCGACAAUGUCGCCUGGACGUCACCAUCAUGCUCGCUCCUCUUCUGUUACCGGAAUUUCCAAUAUCAAGAGAAACCAGAAUUUCGCUGCCAAAGCGGCGGCUCAGCGACUGGCUCAGGUAAUGGCUUCCCAAACAGCUGACGACGACGAGGAAGAAGACGAGGAUCUAGGAUUUCGAUACAGUGCACCACCGCCUCUUUCGCUUUCGAGGAAUCUUAACUCAAUUCCUACGAGUAAUAGAAACAGUAAACCUGCAGUUCCAUCUAGCAGUAUCACUACUAGAUCUCCUUCACCUGCCUUAGCUCGAAACACGGCUGAGGAAACUGCAUCCGUUCGCUCAACAUCUGCUGGAAGGCCUUCAAUGUCUCUUCGAACAGCUCCGCCAGUGCUACCCAGUAAAGGAUCACUCAGGACUGCGGUCUCUUUACCACCAAUUGAGCCUCCCAGAAAUGGCCAGAGAGACGGUAAAAGAUUCUUGCCAGAUGCGGGACAGUUGAAUUCUAAAGAUAAGGGGGAUCAGCGCGAGGCUUCUGCACUUCGUGAUGAACUUGAUAUGCUACAAGAAGAGAACGAGAACAUUAUUGAGAAGGUCAGGCUUGAGGAAGAGAGAUGUAAGGAAGCAGAGGAUAGAGUUAGAGAGCUUGAGAAACAGGUUGCUGCUCUUGGUGAAGGGGUGUCUUUGGAGGCCAAAUUGUUGAGCAGAAAGGAAGCUGCAUUGCGCCAAAGAGAGGCUGCACUCAAGGAUGCAAGACAAAACAAUGUGGUGGAUAAGGAAAUUGCAUCUAUUCGGUCUGAAGUGGAGAGUGCAAAAGAGGAAGCUACAAUUGUUGUACAACAGCUUCAAGGUGCUGAAUCUGAAGUGAAAGCCCUUCGCUCAAUGACACAAAGAAUGAUUUUGACUCAGAAAGAAAUGGAAGAAGUUGUUCUUAAGAGGUGUUGGCUUGCUCGCUACUGGGGCCUAGCUGCCAAAUAUGGUAUCUGUGCCGAUGUUGCUGUGUCAAAGCAUGAAUACUGGUCAUCCUUGGCACCCCUUCCAUUUGAGGUGGUUGUUUCUGCUGGACAAAAGGCAAAAGAAGAAUGUUGGGAAAAAGGUGAUGAUGACAAUGAAAAGAGAAGCAAACUUGUUGAGGACCUGAGUGAUCUAACCGGAGAAGGAAACAUUGAGAGUAUGCUUUCUGUUGAAAUGGGAUUGAAGGAGCUUGCUUCAUUGAAGGUUGAGGAUGCUAUUGUGCUUGCAUUGGCUCAACAGCGGCGUGCAAAUUCUGCUCGACUAUCCAUCUCAGAUAUCAAAUCACCAGGUGAUCCAAAAUAUAUGGAAGCAGUUGAAUUAAGCCCUGAGGAAUCUGAAGAUGUUCUUUUCAAGGAGGCGUGGCUUACAUAUUUUUGGAGCACAGCCAAAGCCAAUGGUAUAGAGGAGGACAUUGCCAAAGAACGACUUCAAUUUUGGAUCAACCGCCGUGGACACUCACCAAGUUCACAUGAUGCCGUUGAUGUUGAUCAAGGCCUGGUGGAGCUGAGGAAGCUAGGGAUAGAGCAUCGACUGUGGGAGGCAUCUCGUAGAGAUAUUGAUCAAGACUCUUCCACUAACAUAACACGGAAAAAAUCUUCUGGAAAAUUUAAGGCAUCCGGUUGAUGAUGUCUACUAUAUAUGUUUUUUUUUUUUUUUUUUGCAUGUUUUUUCUGUUCGUUAGAACAUAUAUAUAAAUUUUCCUAUCCCUUGUUCUUUGAGUGAUGAACAGCCACUGUGCUUCUGGUCUGUAAAUCAUUUUCAAAGUUGGCCCUGUUGCAGACAAUUGGAGUUUAGACUGAAGGAGCCAAGGACAAACGUAUAUGUCAUUCAACUGACUGAUUGAGAGUGUAUCUUCCAGGGAAAUAUUUAUUUA